AUGAUGACUGGCGGGCAUCAGCAACAACACGAAGAAUACAUUGCAUCCCAACCUUUCCAAGUCAAUCCAAGCCACCUUAGGGUGCCCCAGUCUCUCGAUUCAAGCUUUCCGCAGUCCCAGGAACUCCCAGCCAUCACCAAGAGUGUUACACCGGCCAAGGACACCAAGGGCACCAAGGGCACCACUCCCAAACCCCGCGCGAAGACAACACAGCCAAAGAAACAAGCACCUCUUUCUCCUAAGCGAACUCAAAAGGCACCUACACCAUCACUAUCCCCCAGUAUUGGCAGCGAUGGCGACGUUGACUCGGAAGAAUCCGAGUCUGAGUCUGAGAGCGAGACGGAAGCCAGCAGUGUCUACCAAGAUACUGGCUCGGGUGCUGAGCCGGGCACCAUACAACGUUUCAAGCGCGACCACAUCCCCCGAAAGAUGACUCGAAGCCUUACUGCAAGUCCCUCUGGCAGCUCCUCGAGCGGUGGGGACAGCAGUGGUUCUGAUUGCGACAGCGACAGCAGUGACAAUGUCGACGAGAAUAAUCGCAAACGUACCAGUGACAACGUCGGUGAAAGCAGCAGCUGUAGCGGCAGCGGCAGCGGCAGCGAGAGCUACAGUAGCAGUGGCGAUAGCAAUGACGGUGUCAGCGACAACAAAGGUCGCUCCAGUCGCAACACUAAUGAAGGCAGUAGUGUCAAUGACAGCGAUGGUAGCAGCGACGGUAGCGACGACGACGACGACGACGACGAUAGCGACGACGACAGCGACGGUAGCGAAGAUGAGAGUGACUCUGAGCCCGAGCCACCAAAGCCCCUUACUCCCAAAAAUCCCGGGAUCAAGAAGCCUGCCAAGACAACCGUGGAGGCUUCAACACGUGGUGACAAGAAGGCCUGGUCUUCAGAUGACAUGAGCGAUGAGGAAGAAGAUAUCAAGUCUGAGCCCGACUCUGACUCCAGCGUGCCCAUGGCGUCAAUCCCGACAAAGGAUCAGGAACCUCCCACCUCGGCCCAGAGAGCUUCUGUUCCGCCAACAAAGAGUGAUGAAAAGCCAAAGUCAGAGGUUCGAUCUGCCAAGAGGCGCCGUGAGGAAGACGAGGUUGAGAAACCGACCGCCGGUGGGCGGCCCGCUGCGAAGAGAAGGGCAACAACGCAGCAGCAGAGCAGUCCUAGUGAGAAAACCAAGUCAAGCGAGGCUCGGCGCCGUGACAGAAAAAAACCGACCGAGGCUCCAUGCGGCGAAGGGUCAUCCAAAUCCAGGCGUUUUGCUGAGAAUGAGAGUAGCCCUCUUCUAGAGCAAAUGUUCAAGGAUCUUCCCCAGAUCGAAUCAGAGCACAAGCGCUCUAUUGACAUGCUGACUCGGCGUUUAAAUGCGCUGGAAGAGAAGAACAUGCGACAAGAUGAAAAGAUCGCAAAGCAGGACAAUAAAAUCAUAAAACAGAACAUAAAAAUCAUAAGGCAGGAUAAGAAAAUCAACAAACAAAACAAAAAGAUCUCCAAACAGGAUAAAAAGAUGAUGAAAUAA